AUGGAGAUAAUGGAGAAGAACAGAAGAAGAAGAAAGGCUGGCCAUACAGCCACUUUUGUAAGAGAGACCUUAAUUGCAGAAGGAGUGUUGCUUUCUUCCAAGGGGAAGAAAGUAUGGAAAGGCCCUGAAGAUGUGAAAGAUUAUGAAGAUAGUGAUGAUUCCUCAGGUCCAGAUGCCAAUAAAGCCGUAGUUGACUUUCGGAAUUCAAGGAACCUACCUCCUAUUGGAGUCUUCUGGGACAUUGAAAAUGUCCAGGUACCUAGAGGAAAGUCUGCCUUGGCUGUUGUGCAAGCAAUACGCAAUAAGUUUUUUAGUGGACAUAGAGAGGCUGAAUUUAUGUGUGUCUGUGACAUCAACAAAGAGAAUCCACAAGUCAUUCAAGAACUCAAUAAUGCACAGGUCAAUGUCAUCCAUGUGGCUGCAACAUGCAAAAAUGCAGCAGAUGACAAACUGUGUCAAGCAAUGCGUCGGUUUUCUGACACACAUGGAGCUAAGGCCACUCUGAUUCUCAUCUCCAGGGAUGUAAAUUUUGCACCUGAUCUCUCUGAUAUUCGCCACAGGAAAGGGCUGACUGUGAUACUUCUCCACAACCAUCCUUGUGCAGAAGCUCUGCUUUCAUGUGCAAACAAAUACCAUUACUUCAAUGAGCUCUGUGAAGACAUUCCACUACGGCCAUUUAUUAAGGUAUGAGAUGUGAUGUGUUCU